CGCAGCCCUGCCAGGGUCACUCUAAUCGGUGCAACGCAAAAACGGCUGGCAGUUUUGAGCGAAAUUUGUUAAAAAAUAAACAAUAAACAGUCGCGUGGGCAUCGGCGUGCGGCAGAUGGAUUACGUGUAUUGCGGCACCGACCCCAUCGGGGCCUCCGAAGACAUACUAAGUGUUUAUGACGCGGGAUCCGCGCCGGGAAACGGUCACUUCUCGCCCAGCUUCAAUGGAUUCAACAUCGGCACCACCGAUCCGGAAUAUGUGGAGCUUGUGCCCGUGCUCGCCGACGGCGGAGAGCACUUCGGCGUUUCCAGCGUGGCGUUCGACGACUACGAAGAGCUGCUGUGGAUGGGCAACCAGGGCGGCCACGUCACAUCGUACUACACCAACUCCAUGCAGAAGUACACAUCCUUUCAGGUCCACGCCACCGACAUUGUGCGCGACAUCUCCACCCUGGACUCCGGAGUGCUGGCGCUCACGCAGACCUCGCUGCGCCAUCAGAUCCGUAGGGGUCUGCCCAAGUUUACCUUCAAAUCGAACAACAUGAAGGAGAUGGUGAGCAUGCUGCAGCUAUCUCCGCACCGUCUGGUCAUGGCCGGACUGCAGGACGAGCUCAUCGACUUCGACCUGCGCACGCUCAAGGAAACCCGCAUAGAGCAUGUGGGUGCCGGCGGAUGCACGGUGCUGCGCAAGAAUUCACGUUAUUUGUUUGCCGGCGACCAGCUGGGAACGGUGACGUUGCGCGACCUCAACAGCCUAAGUGUUCAGCACACAAUCAAGACGCACACUAACAUCCUCUCGGACUUCAGUGUCCAGGGAAAUCUGCUAAUCUCUUGCGGCUACAGCGGAAGGCAAAAUAACCUGGCCAUCGACCGCUUCCUGAUGGUCUACGAUCUGCGCAUGCUGCGCCUGAUCGCGCCCAUUCAAGUGAUGAUUGAUCCACUGAUGCUUAAGUUCCUGCCAUCGCUGACAUCCCGACUAGCCGUCGUGUCCAGCUACGGCCAGGUUCAGCUGGUGGACACUGUGGAGCUCAGCGAGCCGCGAGUAUCCAUGUACCAGAUCAACACCAACGGCAGCCAGUGCCUCAGCUUCGACAUCAGCUCCUCUUCACAGGCCAUGGCAUUUGGCGACCAGUCGGGCCACAUCAACAUGAUUGCCGCUGUUCAAACGCCUCAGCCGCAGUUCAAUCUCUACUCGCGAAGCACAGAGUUUGCGGACGUGGUGCCACAGCUGCCGAUGGUCUCCAUUACGGACACCAACUUUCCGCUAUCGUCGGUCAUGCUGCCGCACUUGACGACGGGCACACAAUGGUUCUCAGAUUGGCCGGAGGAACUGCUGCGCUACCGCUACCACAGGCCCAAGACCAUUGAUCCCGAAGUGCUGAGCAACAUGAAAAUGCAGGGACCGAUUGGAUACUCGCCAAACCCGCGCACCGCCCGCCGUAAUCAAAUUCCGUACGUUAUUGAGCAGGGCGGCGUGUGCAGCUCGAACGGAAAUGGAACUACUGCGGCGACCAAGGCGGAGAACGGUGUGAAAAUCAUUCCACGGCGUUAUCGCAAAGUCGAGCUUAAGUACACGAAGCUGGGCACCCAGGACUUUGACUUCGACCAGCAUAAUCAGACAUGCUUCGCGGGUCUGGAGGCAACGCUACCGAACUCCUACUGCAAUGCUAUGCUACAGAUAUUGUAUUUCACCGAUGCGCUUCGUGUGAAGCUGCUGGAACACUCGUGCAUCAAGGAGUUUUGCCUGUCCUGCGAACUGGGGUUCCUCUUCAACAUGCUGGAUAAGAGUACCGCUUCUUCACCUUGCCAGGCCAGCAAUUUCCUGCGAUCGUUCCGCACUGUGCCAGAGGCCUCGGCACUGGGAUUGAUUCUCACCGACCGCUCAUCGAAUGUCAAUCUAAUAUCGCUGAUACAGAACUGGAACCGAUUCAUUUUGCAUCAAAUGCAUUACGAAAUAUUCGAUUCCAGCAAGAACGCAUCCACCUACAGCGGAUCUGUGCAAACAUCAACGAACGCGGAAAACGCGGCAUCUUCGGAAACAAGUGGCUCCUCGGAUCUUUACGAUUCCAUAAGUGAUGAGAACACCAAGGAGGACGAUCGGGAACGCAGUAAGAUUAACGCAGAAACUGACAUCAGUAAGAUCUUUGGGACCAAGCAAAUUUGUAUAAACCGAUGCAUCAAAUGCCAAGAAGAGAAAAUGAAGGAAAGCAUUCUACUUGCCUGCAAUAUGUCGUACCCCACCAACAUCAAAGAUAGCGAUCAGUAUUUCAAUUUUGGCACCAUUUUGAAGCGAUCUCUCAGCUCCGAGAAGAGUAUUCAGGCCUUCUGCGAGAGAUGUAAGAAGUUUUCGCCAACCAAUCAGAGCGUGAAGGUGACUUCGCUUCCGCAAAUUCUGUCCAUUAACUGUGGCCUCAACAACGAAAAAGACAUUACCUUCCUGAAGCGCCAGCUCAAUCGCUGCAGCGAAAAGACGACUGUUGAUGCGGCCGCUUCCCUAAGCACAAGCAAGCCGUGUCGAUAUGGAGCUAACUGUUCCCGAAGUGACUGCCAUUUCAUGCAUCCGGAUCGCAAAUCUCCAUCGCACACAAGCCAACCGAAUGCCGUCAACAGUUCUCCUAAUGGACGCCAAAAGUCUUGGUUUCCCCUCACAUUUACUAUGGGCAUCAAUGACCAAGGUGAGGUCCAGGUGCAGACUCCAUCAGACGCAAGCAGUGGCAAAUCGGAACAGGAGGAGGAAGCGGAAAAGCCACCAGCAAAGGGCUUGGACAACAAUCGGAUGUACGCGCUACAUGCCGUGGUGUGCCAAGUCGAUGAUGGCACCCAAAAGAACUUGGUAUCGUUGAUAAAUGUGCAGCGGCCAUACCACACCAUGAAGCUGGCUGAAUCCGCAGAUGACCCCCCGAGUCAAUGGUAUAUUUUUAAUGAUUUCAGCAUAUCGCCCGUUUCGCCACAAGAAUCGGUAUGGUUCACAUUGGAUUGGAAAGUUCCUUGCAUACUCUUCUAUAGGCACGUAGAGGAUGACUCUGAGUCUGCUAGUACUACCAGCUCGACCGUCACGGAAAGCGAAGAAACCAUUCCAUCAGAGAGCAGCAGCGUCUCGCCAACAAAUCUAUCCAACCCUUUUCUAGAGGAAAUUGUGAGUCCUAUGCUAGGCAACUUAAGUGCAGACGCAACGCUGAAACCGCUGCAAUCGGAUGAAAUGCCGCAGUCGGGUGAUCUGGUCGCAAUGGAUGCCGAGUUCGUUACCCUUAAUCCGGAGGAAAAUGAGAUUCGCCCGGAUGGCAAAACGGCGACCAUCAAACCAUGCCACAUGAGUGUGGCCCGGAUUUCAUGUAUACGAGGACAAGGCGCGGCUGAAGGAGUUCCAUUCAUGGACGAUUACAUAUCCACCCAGGAGAAGGUCGUGGACUACCUAACUCAGUUCUCGGGAAUCAAGCCUGGCGACUUGGACGCCAACUUCAGCAAAAAGCGACUGACUGCCUUGAAGUACUCAUACCAGAAAUUGAAAUACCUCGUUGACGUGGGAGUAAUAUUUGUCGGACAUGGUCUGAAGAACGACUUUAGGGUCAUAAACAUCUACGUACCGUCGGAGCAGAUAAUAGACACGGUGCACCUAUUCCACAUGCCACAUCAUCGCAUGGUUUCCCUGAGGUUUCUAGCCUGGCAUUUUUUGGGUACUAAGAUUCAGUCCGAGACGCACGAUUCCAUCGAAGAUGCACGGACCACUCUGCUGCUCUACAAGCACUAUUUGAAGCUGCAGGAGGAGAAGAAGUUUGCCAACGCUCUCAAGAAUCUUUACGAGCGCGGAAAGCAGCUGCAGUGGAAGGUUCCAGAGGACUGAUUCGUAGCCAAAUCCGAUGUCAAUUCGACGAAACUCAUAAUCAACGCAAUCGUCAGUACAAACGCUACACCGAUCUGAAAAAAUCCCGGCAUUUCCCAAUUUUAUUAUGUUUCAAUGCGUUGCUAUUUGCUACGAAGCUCCUGGUAUUUCAUGUUGUAUUUGUCUAUCUUUAUAACAAAAUCAAAUCAAAGCAUAAAAGUUGUAUAUCUUA